AUGAGUGUUAGUGGCCUUCCAACGUACAUCGAUGAUGAGGAAGACAUAGUUCCAGGAAACAACUCUCGUGAAGGCCCACCCUGUACAUCAACAGCCAGUGAGGACGUCCCAACCUCAUUAUCUGUUGUCACAUCAAGCGCCUGUACUCAGAACCAGCCAAGUAAUUCAUUGUCUCUGUCAUUGCCUCAGAGCACAGAUAGGAUGAUUCCAAUUGAACAAAAGACGCCAGAUUCAUCCAAAGUAGCAACUACGCCUACUUCUGAUGGCUUCCAAAGCUAUAUGUCACCUACCAGCUUCCCCUCAAUCAGUAGCCUUUUAGAGCAAACUACCAGUGCAGAAAGAGAGGCUUCCAUUUCAUCACUUCCAUCAAGCACACAAAAGGAUGAUUCUCCUACAAGUGGAUUUACACCAUCAUCAAGUGGACCUUUCCAACAUGGCUGGAUCUCACAUCACUCCAAAGCUUCAGAGCUAGCUCGGGGAAUACAACCAGCGAAAUCACAUUCUCCGGUCAGCACACCCUCCCUGAUGAGUUCAACAAGCACAACGCUGGCUACAUCCACAAGCAUGGCUGUGAGUACUUGCCCAUCUGUAAAUAUCUCACCUCCAAACACAUCAUUGCAGAGUUCAAAUACGGGUAACGGAAGCAAGUCUUCACCUCCACUUAACCUCCUCUCACAGCCUUGGUUGAAUCCCUCAACGGAUAACCUGUCGGAUGUGGCAAGCCAGCCAGACUUGGGAAGCACCAGCUUGCAACAACAGCAGCAAUUAGUAGAUAUUCUCCAAGGAUUCUCUGCCACCAAGGUGUCUUUAGCCUCUCAGACCAACACAGAGGUCAUGUCAAGUACAACUGAUAUUCAUGGCGCCCUUCCCAAGUCCCAACCCUCACUGGAAUCAUUGUUUGGCUUGCCUCCCUUUGGUGAAACUCGACAGAGCACUCAGACGGUGUCAAAUGGGGAUCCUUUCCAAAGCAUUUCAAGUAUAAUAGAUUCAAAUAAGACCAGAUCCACUCCCGUCACCAGGGAUAAUUUCCUAGGACUUCCUCCGUAUUCCAUUCAGACUACUACUAGUUCUUCCGCCCCGGUUAUGGAGCAGACUUCAGUUUUCCAAGAAUCUCCUUUAGAUCAAAACAGGCAAUCAUCCUCUAGUAGUUCAUCAAAGCCAAGUAAUGCGCCACCAAGUUAUUCGCUGAUAAAUCGGGUGACAGCUGUAGUAGAUAAAUACAAUGAACGGAAAGCCCCUACUGCUGCCAAGAAUGUUCCGAAAGUGCCUGACAUAAAUCAUGUAGAAAGCAAUCCAGCAAAUGAACAAGUGUUUGAGAAUGUAAUCCAGGAGAAAAAUAGGCCUGUUUCCGAGAUUGGACCAGUUACCAGCAGUAGUCAGAGUCGCUACGUUCACCCAAAAAGCAGGGCAUUGGCAUCUGUUGCCAUGCAAGAAUCCUCUCCUGCAGUUCAAACCAAUAGCAGUAUGUUUGGUGCACAAAAAUUUCCCUCUGUACCUCAAGUGAAGCAAAGGAACACUAAUCAGAAAAGUGUAAACCCCGAAGAAAUCUCAGUUACCAGUGAAAAACUUUUCAACCGCAACUCUCCAUAG